AUGGUGAGUAAGGAGCCCGGCAAAUGCUUACUCACCGCCUCGGAAAGUGAAGUUGAGCCAGCCGCUUCGCUGGCACUGGAGAUGAAAUAUGCGCUGGACCCCAACCGGCAGAUAAAGAAACGAAACAAAGCCCUGCAGGUGAGAUUCAAAGACAUCUGCGAGGCCCAGAACGAGCAGAGGGACAAACAGCUGGCCACCACACAGGACCCCGACAAGAAAGAAGCCAAGGCCCUCUCCUACAAAACAUCCUAUCGCAAGUACAUGACGGUGCCUGCCCGGAGGUCAAUACCCAACGUCACCAAGAGCACAGGAGUUCAGACUUCACCCGAUCUCAAGAAGUGUUACCAGACCUUUCCUCUAGACCGGAAAAAAGGGAAUAUUCUCAAAAGCGCCUCGACUGGCGACACCUUCAAGAGCGAAAACAACGGGUUUCUCAUCGAUGUGAAGGACAAGGAGGGCAGCAGCUCAGAGGAGGCCCUUCAGUGGAGCAGGAAGGCCGGCAGCCUGCAGACGGCCGAGUUCAUUUCCCACAUUAACGAGCGCGCCAACCUGGCAGCUCGUGACAACGGGGCCGAGGCCUGGAAAAGCAGCGAUUUGCACAGCCCUCCCAAAGAGCCGCCUCUUUCUUCUCUCCCAAACUCAUCCAAUCCCUCUUUGGAGGAGCUGGCCGCUGCCCGGCCACCCAGCCGAGCGAGACAGGCGGUGAGGCGGCCGGGGAGCGAGGAGAUCACCCAGCCCCUCCACGGGAGGGUCUUCAAGACUGAAGUGGCCACCGUUUAUUUACCAACGUCUGGUUCGCACGCUUCGCAGCCCGACUUAGCAAACCUCACAGCCGAGCCCGACUGGUCACCGUGCUCAGCAGCCGAGGAGGACAAAAAGAGGACAGCGCACCUGAACGGUGUCCAGCCCCAGGCGGGAGAUGCUCGAGCCUGCUCGUCGCGCGUGCAGUGCCCAGCCACUGAAUGUAACGAACAGACCCUUCAGCUCAAGGUUUCGCCCAUGGAGGACAACCAGCCUUGCCAGACGGCCGUCACGGUGAGCGAGGAAUGCCAACAAAUCGUGCCUCACACGGAAGUUGUGGACUUGAAAGCACAGCUUCAAAUGAUGGAAAAUUUGAUCAGCUCUAGUCAGGAAACCAUAAAAGUGUUGUUGGGUGUUAUACAGGAACUAGAGAAAGGAGAAGCUCACAGAGAAGGGCUUUCAUAUCGGACCGGUCAAGACACGGCUAAUUGCGACACAUGCAGGAACAGUGCAUGUAUUAUCUAUAGUGUGGAAUUAGAUUUUAAACAGCAAGAAGAUAAACUACAGCCAGUUUUGAGAAAACUUCAUCCCAUUGAGGAAACUCAGGUUGCACCUUUGCCUUACUCUCAGGAGAGCUACUCCUCUACUCCCAAGCAAAAAUCCAAAACUGAAUCAAAAAAGCACGGAAGAUGGAAACUCUGGUUCCUUUAA